AUGGAGCUCAAAGGUUCUUGCCAUUGCGAAAAAGUAUCAUUUACAGUCUUGUCACAUACUCCUGCACCCUUUAUGAGAUGUUAUUGUUCUAUUUGCCGCAAAUGUCAAGGAGGAGGAGGCUAUGCUAUUAAUAUCAUGGGACAGUACGACACUCUGAAAGUAACUGGAAAGGAGUAUCUGAGAGAAUACCAAGCUUUGAGAGAUAAAGCGACCAAGGAGCUUUGUGGCAAUAUCAGAUACUUUUGCAGUGAAUGUGGAUGUCAUUUAUAUGCUUAUGACAAGAAGUGGGCUGAAUAUGUAUAUCCUUUUGCCUGUGCUAUUGAUACACCACUUCCUGAGUUGAAUCCUAAGGAUGUCUAUCAUAUUAUGCUGGAUUCCAAGGCUAAUUGGGCCUCAACACCCAAACCUGGUGAGAAACAGCAUGCAUUCAAGGAAUAUCCUGAUUGUUCUUUGGAGGACUGGCAUAAAAACAACAAGCAGUACAUUUAA